UCUUGUUUUGUUUUUGGACACUAACCUAUUCAUUUUAUUCUUUUUUUCUUGUUUUUGGCCUUGCUGUCAUUCCUCUACCCACCAUGCUUGGUGGAGGGGGGCCUACUGUAGGUUGGGCUUUCUGGAAUCUGGCCCUUGAGGGAGAGGCUUUGUCAGGAUCCCUUGGCUGGCUCGGCCAGCCAUCCUGUUUCCCUCCUCUCUCCCUCCUCUCUCUCACCAUGCCAGGCCCCUGCUUUGGACCAUGCCCACUCCCUGUCUUCUCUUCAGUGAUUUCAGUCAUUCCACUAAAUCAAGUCAACGUAUCACCGCUCCUCAUGUCAUUUGAUCUGGGCAAUUUUGUACCCACUUUUAAACACAUCUCUGCAAAAAUUAAGAACACAUAAUGCAUUUGGUUAAAUCAAAUGAUUUGAAUACCUUUUUAAACAUGAUUUUAAAUUUAAACUUUUUUAUUAUUAUUUUUUUUUUAAAUAUUAUUGUGGGUCAUUGCAGGUGGACUGAUGGGAUUUUUUUAUUACACUUUAAUUUUACAAUCCAUCUAAAUUUGAUGUAAAAGGUAAAGCACAAGAACACAAAUAACUUCCAAACUAAUCUGGUUUUGGCUCAGCACCAUGGUCACUCUGUAUUGUGAGUGUGAAUAGGACACAGAGGCAGGCCAGAGCAUUAGCAUGAGAAUGGUGUGAGUGUGCUGGAAGGCCAGUACUUCAUUUCUGUCACCCUGGAUCUCAUACGGUUUCACAUCAGUGCUCUGCUCCUCCAAAUACUCAACUGUGGCAAAAAGUACAUUCUUUUCAUCCUCUUAGUGGCAAAAAACUUUGGGACAACAUGGAAACUUCCCACUUCCCUUUUCUGUAUUUUGCAUAUGGGAGCAACCUUUUGAAGGAGCGACCCCAGCUUAAGAACCCAUCUGUUACAGUCCAUUGUGUGGCCAGGCUCAAGGUACAGUCUGUUUUAUUGUCAGUGGGUAAAUCUCUUUUCUUGACAUGGUGGCAUGGAGGUGUGGCAACUAUAGACCACAGCCCUGGAGAUGAGGUGUGGGGUGUAGUGUGGAGGAUGAAUAUGCCUGACCUGGAGUCUCUUGACAGUCAAGAGAAUGUGACAUUUGGAGCAUACAGUCCUGUGGAGCUAUCUGUGAAGACUAAAGGCCAGGAGCUCAACUGUCGUACCAAUACAAUGAACAGUAGUGUCUACACCCCACCCUCACCACAGUACCUACAGUUGUGCUUCUCCCGCUCUCUCUCUCUCUCUCUCUCCCUCUCUGUCCUCACCUACAGGUAUCAUUGGACUCAAAGUUUGGUGUCUGUGAUGGGCAGCUGCGGAUCCAACCAUCCUGCCUGUGCUCUGUUGUUGCUUGCUGCUGUUGCUUUUCUCUCUAUCCUCUCACCCUAACCGGCCGAGGCAGAUGGCCGCCCACAUCCAGCCUGGUUCUGCUGGAGGUUUCUUCCUCGUUAGAGAGGGAGUUUUUCCUCUCCACUGUUGCUGUCAAAUUAAAUGCUUGCUGUAUGUGGGAUUUGUUGGGUUUAGUUGUGUGAGGUUUUAAACCUUACUUUGUAAAGUGCCUUGAAAUAACUUUGUUGUGAUUUGGCGCUAUAUAAAUAAAAUUGAAUUGAAUAGAAUUGAAUUGAAUAACUAUUAUGGUUUUGCUGGAAUAAGCCUAUUUAUCAAGGGUGAAAGUCUGCUUUCACAGAGCAGAGUGAGCCUGAUUUUCCCGCCUUUCGUCUCCAUGGCGACGGCGCAGCUGCAGAUUUGACUGCCAGGUCAAACUGCUGAUGCUCAGUGUACAGAGCAGUUCCAUGCUUAUUACUGAUUAGUCCAGUACACUAUUGGAUUGUGUAGUAAUUAAGCACACACUUCCUCUAAAUCCUUUCAAAAUAAAAGCACCAAGCCAAAUAAUCAGCUUUAAUAGCAAUAUUUCUGAUUUUGGCUGGGUAAUUAUGACUAUUUAAAGACUAAUUGACAGUUACGUUAUUACCCCCACACAUUUCCUCUAAAUCCUUUCAAAAUAAAAUCACCAAUGCAAUUUAUUUGUUUUAGUUUCUGGUUGUGACUGAAUAAUUACCAAUCGUUAAUGAGACUAUUUUACACUUCAGUAAAUAACCAAUUCUGACUGGUUAAUUAUGACUACUUAAUAAACAAUUACACAGUUAAGCUGAAACAGAUCCAUCCACAGUAUGAGAAUGUAACUAUCAGAGAUGAGGCAGAGCUGUGUAACCCAACACUUCCUGAAGUAGAUGAUGAUGAUUCAGAAGAGGAAAUGGAGGGAAAUUAUGAUAAAGAUGAUCUCAUGGAGAUUGAUGAGGUUGAGAACAACAUACGUCAUGACAUGCAUAAUGCACUUGAUUUGGAAGGAAAUCUAGACAUGAUGCCCCAUGAUGACAAACCAGAGGAGCCAGAUGAGCAGAUAAAUGAACAGGAUAGAGAUAUGCCCAAUGGUGGUUUUGCUAUUGAGUCAUGCCUUCACUCUCUUAUUUUUCUUUACCGUUUUUUGUUUCUUGUUGCUACGAAUAGAAAUAAAUGAUUGAUCACACAAAAUUAUUUCAUCUACUCAUAUUAUAACUAUAUUAUGCCUGUUCUUGUUUGGUUCUUCAUCUUCUUUUUCUUCAACUUUGAGCUGUUCCUAUCAGGAGUCACUACAGCAAAUCAUUAGUUUCCACUCAACCCUUUCCUGGGCAUCUUCUACUGGCCUUGUUCACAUAGAAUGUGGACCACCUGCAUACUCCUACCUUUACUUUUGUAUGUAACUUUACUGGUAUAGGUAUUAUUAAUUAUUAUUAAUAAUAUUUAAAGAGUUUAAACUAAAUAAUAAAAUAUCUGCCAAAACUCUACAACCUUGGGUAAUUUCAGAGGGUUUCAUGUAAUUUGUGUGUGAAAGAAGAGUCAUAUUUUAGUAUAUUUGAUUCUACAAUUGCCGAGUGCACUUGAAUCACCCAUGAAGUUAAGUACCAGACAACGGCAGAGGAAACCGUCAUUUGUGCCUAUAGUUGACAGGUAAGUAUUCAUCAUAAAUUAUUUGAAAAGCUAAAAUAUUAUUUUCUUGCCCUUCCUUUUCUGAACUUUCUAGAUAAAUUUGUUAACUUAACGUCUGAUACUGUACACAGACAACAAGAUUCUAUGUCAACAAAAAUGUUUCGAUUAUUAGCUUGUUAAAUAUGCAAAUUAAAUUAUAGUGUGAGCAAUGAAUCUUUGUUUUCAGUUGGUGGAAUGUAUUACAGUGGUAAGAAGUAUUUUACUGGCUAGAGACAAUAGUCAACAUUUUUAUUCAAUCGUGAACGCUUAUUUAGCUACUAUUUAGCUAAAUAAGCUACUGUUUAUUUAGCUACAUAUUUAGCUACUGUGCAGCUCUGAAUAUAUUUGUAAUAUUAAUGCCAAUAGCAAACAUAGCAGCGACAUUGCUUAAAGUGAUAUGAAGUUUGUCGUUUACAGUCGGUAGAAUAAAUACCAGAAAAUACGAUAACUGAGCUGAAAAGCGAUAUAACGUUUAUGCCUAUGCGACCGGCUAGCUUCAUCCGUGUGACGCUAUUAAUUUCUAUUUAACCGUUAACCGUUAGUUACUGUACUGUUUAACUACUGUGCAGCUCCUUAUAAAUUUUUAAUAUUAUUGCCAAAAGCAAACAUAGCGGCGACGUUGCUUAAAAUGAUAUUAAGUUUGCCGUUUACAGUAGAGGUUUUAUUUUAAAGGCUAUUCUUAUUAGGAAACUGAGCCGUGAAAGAGGCUCAGAGUUUGAUUACAGAAUACGUCUAACAAUAGGAGUAAAUUUUGUUAAAAAUAGAGUUUUGUUAAGUUAAAAUUAAAGAUGUGUCAGUGUGUCACCCACCUGUAUCUACUAUAGGUGUAAACAGGACACUACCACAUAGGACAAUAACAUGGGCCUAAUAUUUUAAUUAAUAUCAAUUAAUAUAAAAAAACGUAAAUAUUGUCAAUUUUCAAGAUAUAAUUUUUUUGCACAGUAACUAUUUUAUUUUGUUAAUGGUUUCAUAGAUGUCUUCCAGAAGCCAGCAUGAAAUGGCACACGUUGCUUGCGUGUCCAUCAGAGAAUCUGUAAAGGCGUUAAGGUUUAGGUUUCUCCCCCACCCCAGAGGCCACUUGCAGCCAGCGACGCAUAAUUGCUGUAUUCUGGGAUGGGAAGCAGCUGCUAAGGGCCUCUGCAGUGGGCACAGGCAUCGGAAUGCUUGAGAAAAUCAAUAAGGGGGAAAGCUACAUUAUAAAUAAAAGCCAAGUCACAAAUUCUGGGUUCCUAAAUUUCAUGAGAGACAG